UUUAUUGACACUUUAGGGGCCCACAAUGCUUGCAGAUAUUUAAAAACGGACUGUCAAGCAUCAGAAAGAUGUGUACCAAGAUGGGUCUCUGGUCAUGUAUCGCCUGGACAGUACAAAUGUGUUUGCAAAUCAAAAGGUUUUAAAGAGAUUCGUGGUCAAGGAUGUUUUGGUAAGAUGUAUUUGUCUUAUUUCGCCGGACAUUCCUUCGAGGGAACCAAAAAUAAAAUCAUGCCCCGCAAAAACUGGGUUUUACGAUACAAUUGCAAUCUCUAGAGCAGAUAGAGCGAUGUAAGGGACUUAGAAAAAACCCUUGAAGGUAACAACAAUGAGGAAGCAACGAGACAAAGAAUGAGACGAAAACGGAUUUCUAACAGAAAACUUGAAUGGCUUAGACGAAAUUUUCUAAAAUGCCUACAAAACGAGAUUGAUGUCUCUUAAUAAAACGGAACAGAAUUUCGAUUUUAAGCACGUUCCGAUGAAAAGAAAAUAGUAAGCACUGUAUGAAACCUAAAACCUUUUAUAUUUGAGCCUUAUAAUGUGCUGAGUACUUGUAAAUAAUUAGUUUUUCAGCUUUUAAAUUUCCUCUUUCAGAUGUGGACGAGUGUCAAAAUUCUCCGUGUGGAGCGUUGGCUGCUUGUGUCAAUACUUUUGGAAGUUACAAAUGCAAUUGCAAAAAUGGUUUUGAAGGGAAGGAUUGUAAAACUGGUAGGCCGACGUACAAAUCAUAAUUUCUUAUUAAUUCUGCAAGCUUUAUUUGACAAACAUACUGAUCCUAUUAAUAAGCCAUACAACUAAGUUGCCUCUUUGAGAAGAACAGGCAAUUACCUCUAUAACACACGCAAAGCAUGAAAAAAAAUUGUUCCAUGAAACCUUCUGAUUUAGAGAUGAUCAUCCAAAAUUCUUCGCCUUUUCAAGUUUCAGGAUCGAUGAAAAAAGUUAAGGAAGUGUACUACAACAUACAUUUCUUAUUAUACAUUUUAAACCUUUGACCCCGAAGAGUGACAGACAUCAAAUUUCUCCUGACUACUUCACCCCUGAAUCACACAUUUAGGUCACAAGAAUAAAGGAAAUGAUCACAAACUCGAGAAGCUCUUGAUUAUUAAACAAAUUCUCCUUUUUAGCACUUUAAGAAAUGCAUGGAGAACAGUAUGGAGAUUAUGAAUACUGAUGUGUAAAGGUGUAAAGGUGUAAGAAUUGAUAAACAACUGCUUUUCUUUGCAAUACUAUUACAAAAAUAUACAUGACGGCUAAGUAAAAGAUACUCAUUAGCUAGUCUGUUUUACAUACAAUUCUCUGAGCUUGUUCACAAGGAAAUAUAUGGACCCUACAAGGGAGAAUUGAGAGUGAGGUUAUGGGAAUCAGCCUUUUGUUUUGGGGUGACUCGUUUUAGGCCAAUGUGCCUUAUUAAUUUGGAGUUCUCUGUGCUAAAUUCCUUUUCACAUUUGACAGAAUUUCACGAACAUUCAAGUUUAUAAACUUGAACAAGCUCAAAACAAACGAACAACGCACAGGCAAAGUGAUAAACACAAUUUCAUGAGUUUAAAAGUGAUCUUGGCAGUAGUGGACACUACUUAAGCAGUAGUGAAAAUAAGGCUUAUUAAAAAAAACUCCUUUCUGUGAUACCGGUGCAGUGCUCUACCAACUGAACUAACAAGCCAACUGGGAGCUUGCUCUUAUGUUGGUUUCGUAAUAAACACGUGAAGUGAUGGAACUUCACUUCAUUUAAACACAAUGUCAUUUAAUAGCCUAAAUGAUAGGAGACAGGUAUGUAGGUCUUGUCUCAUUUUGUUCACAGAUGUGGAUGAAUGUAAGGAAAAUCCCUGCCCAAAGAACAGAGCAUGUGUAAACGAACCGGGCAGUUUCCAGUGUAUCUGUUUGAAAGGUUAUGAAGGAGAGGACUGUUCAGGUGAAUGA